AUGGAUGAAUCAAAAGAGCUGCAGAACAAUGAUAAAAAUAUUUUUUUAUACUGGGUGAGGGGCGAUCCCGGCAAAUCGCGGAUCGUCCGACAGCCUGUUGUGAAUUCUGCGGAGUCCGGCGUUGAUGUUUCGGUUCAUGAUUUGACUGAAUUCUUUUACAGCAAAAUUACUUCUAUAAGGGAGUCAGUGCAAUCUGGGGAUGGUAAUUUUUUUAAUUCCCCAUUGGAUGUCGGUGGAACCUGUGCAUUGCUGGCAUUACAGGAAUGUACGGCUGCUGGUAUUCGUAAAGUUGUACUUGACUCCCCGUCAAGCUGUUCUUCGCUUGAUUUGGUGCCCCCCAUGUUUUUAAAAAAUAUAUUGACUUAUUCCUUCCAUUUGUAUUGCAUAUUGUCAAUUUAUCCCUUAGCUCUGGCCAGUUUCCCUCCUUACUGA